AUGCUGCAUCGCAACCCGCGGUGGGCGCUUUGUGCAGCCCUGGCUGCACUUUACGGCGGAAAUGGAGUCGCCGGCGUCGAGCUCAGUAAGGCUCACAUAAGUGAAUGCGAAUCAGCAUGGACGCCCUGGACAAGCUGCGAUCCCGUAACGGGAUUGAAGGAGAGGCACAACUCCAUGUGCGAGACAUGGGUGGAGGUUCAGGAGUGCCAGAAGCUUACAGGAUGCGGUGAAUUCUCGCAGUGGAGCCCGAGCGACGUUGCUUGCGUCGCAGGACAGUUUCAAACUCGCUCCCGCGAAGGUUGCCCCGAGGUGCAGGAGGUGAGGGCCUGUAAACCGGAGAGAGAAUGCAGCAAGACAUGGACGCCGUGGACAGAAUGCGACGACAAUCACUCGCAAGAAAGACACAACGCCAGAUGCGGACCCGUCGAAGUUCGGGAAUGCAACAUGACGCAAGAGGAUAUCCAAAAAUGCGGCGAUUGGACAGCAUGGGAUCCUCCUCUGGCAGGAGAGUGUGUUCGCGGCUCAUCCCACUCGCGACACCGCCAGAACUGUCCAGACAGGAAGGAGGUGCGGGUUUGCGGCUCGUUUGACUGCAACACCUGCUCACCAAAUGCGACUUGCGACCCUCUGGUCGGUACAUGUCAGUGCAAGCCUGGCUUCCGGGGAGACGGCGUUAGCUGCGAGCCGUUCAACCCUUGCGAGGAGACCCCUUCACCUUGCGACUCCAACGCCAUCUGCACACCAGACGGCAACGAUGCGAAGUGCCAGUGCAAGACGGGCUGGGACGCCGAUGCUGCAGCUGGCAGCAGCAGCCAGCCGUGCGUUGAAGUCGAUGAGUGCGCAGCUAACACCCACCAGUGCCCCGCUCACUCCACCUGCUCCAACACACAGGGCUCUUAUGAUUGCCAGUGCUUGAGUGGAUACCAGAAGGGUGAAGACGGAGAGUGCCACGACAUCGACGAAUGCAAAACCGGAGAGCACAACUGCCCAGCGCACUCUACAUGUAGCAAUACACAAGGUGGCUUCGAGUGCCGCUGCGAUGCCGGGUAUAGAGGAAACGCAACGACAGACAGCCCCUGUGUGAACAUCGACGAAUGCGCAAACCCUGACGCCUGCUCAGCGAACGCCAUCUGCACUGACACCGACGGCUCGUACAGCUGCAGCUGCCCCGAGGGAUACAGCGGCGAGGGCUCUCACGACUCCCCUUGCUCGAAGAUCGACUUCUGCGCAGAUCCUUCCCUCAACACCUGCGGAGCCCACUCCACUUGUGUCAACACACUUACAAGCUUCAAGUGCAUCUGCGAAUUGGGCUAUGAAGGUGACGGCACGCGCGAGAGCCCCUGCGUAGAUGUCGAUGAGUGCUCAGUGGAGAAACCCACGAACAGCUGCAACAGAAAUGCCAUCUGCUCCAACACGGAUGGCUCUUACACUUGCCAGUGCAAGCCCGGCUUCACGGGCGACGGCAUGGGCCCCUCCGGGUGUACAGACAUUGACGAAUGCGCAGAGUCGCCCUGCGAUCCGCACGCCUCCUGCAGCAACACGGAGGGUUCGUACGUCUGCACAUGCAACUCCGGCUACGAGCCAGCUUCAACCGACGGGCACGCAUGCAAGGACAUCGACGAGUGCGCGACUGGUGCAGCCGGUUGCCACGUGUCAGCAGAUUGCGUGAACACCGACGGAGGCUACGAGUGCAGAUGCCGUGAAGGGUUUAUCGGGGACGGAAAGGUUUGCAGCGACAUCGACGAGUGCGCGGCUGAGACCUCCCCCUGCGGCGCGAACACUCACUGCCAGAACACCAUCGGCAGCUUCGAAUGCGAGUGCAAGCCUGGCUACGGACACAUGGACGGCAACGUGUGCUAUGAUAUCGAUGAGUGCUCAGAAGCGAGCACAAAUAUCCCUGCAAACUGCCGCUGUGUCAACACAGAGGGCAGCUACUCCCUCGAAGCCCAGGCAGGCUAUGACCCUGCGGCGCGAACACUCACUGCCAGAACACCAUCGGCAGCUUCGAAUGCGAGUGCAAGUCUGGCUACGGACACAUGGAUGGCAACGUGUGCUAUGAUAUCGAUGAAGGGCAGCUACUCUCUCGAAGCCAGGCCAGGCUAUGAGUUGGUCGAUGGGAAGUGCGUGAAGAUAGACUUCUGCGCCCGCGGCGCAUGCAAUGCUCUUGCGUCCUGCACGGAGAACGCUGAGGGCACAGCAGCAAUUUGCACCUGCAUUGCGGGCUACAGCGGAGACGGCACUGCCGCUGGGCACUGCGACGACAUUGACGAGUGCGCUGGGCAGAACGAUUGCGCGGCUCCUGAGGAUGGAGGCAUUUGCGAGAACACUGUGGGCUCGUACCUCUGCAAGUGCGCCGACGGAUACAGACAGGAUGGAAACGCAUGCGUUGAGAUCGACGAAUGCGCCGAAGGAACACACAACUGCCACGCCUCUGCCGUUUGCACGAACACAGCCGGAAGCUUCACUUGCGAAUGCAACACUGGGUUCAGCGGCAACGGCGUAGAGUGUACCGACAUUGACGAAUGCUCGACUGAAGCCGACGACUGUGGCUCGAACACGCUCUGCAAUAACACCAUCGGCAGCUUCGAAUGCGUCUGCGUGGCGGGAUUCGAACGCGUCGACUCUAAGAACUGCGCGGACAUCGACGAAUGCACAACCGGAGCUCACACGUGCUCGGCACACGCCACCUGCACCAACACUGAGGGAUCGUUCACCUGCCAGUGCAACCCGGGCUUUGAAGGAGACGGCCACAAGUGCGAGGACAUCGACUUCUGCGGCAGCGGACAGCACGACUGCAACAAGCAUGCAGAGUGUUCAGAGAGCGGUGACAACACCACAUUCAAGUGCACAUGCACUGCAGGAUAUGCUGGGGACGGACACGGCGAGGCGGGCUGCCAGGACAUCGACGAAUGCGCAGAGGCCGGCAUCUGCGGUACCAACGCCGUCUGCACAAACACCGCAGGCAGCUUCGAAUGCUCAUGCAAGCCAGGAUUCGUUGCAGCAGGAGAGCCCCAGACGGGCUCUUCCGCUCUGCAGUGUGUGGACAUCGACGAGUGCAGCGACGCGUCGAAGAACACCUGCGCUGCUGCAGCAGACGGAGGCAUCUGCGAGAACACCGAAGGUAGCUACACAUGCUCCUGCAAGCCUGGUUACCAAGGCGACGGCCACAGCUGUGCAGACGUCAACGAGUGCGCCACCGAGGGUGCCUGCGGUGAACAUACAGUUUGCAAGAACACCCCGGGCUCUUUCCUAUGCGAGUGCGUUGAUGGCUACCAGCAUGCUGACGACCUCUCCUGCAGAGAUGUUGACGAGUGCGAGACAGGCGCCGCCGUUGUGCCUCCUCACGCCAGCUGCGUCAACACCGACGGCAGUUAUGACUUCCAAUGCGACGCCGGAUACCGCCGUGUGGACGGGGGUUGCGAGAAGAUCGACUUCUGCAAAGAGAAGGGAUGCAACGCCAACGCAACUUGCCGCGAGAACGAUGCAGGCACAGAGGCAAUCUGCACAUGCAAGGAAGGCUACGAAGGGAACGGAGAAGGCGAAGAGGGCUGCCAAAACAUCAACGAGUGCGAGACGGGCAAUCCUUGCAAGGACUUCGGCGAGGGCGGUGUGUGCGUCGAUACAGACGGAUCGUACACAUGCGAGUGCUCUGCAGGAUUCUUGCUGCGCCGCUUCACAUGCCAGGAUGUUGAUGAAUGCUUAGACGGAAAGAUGAACACCUGCGCUGCAACAGGAGGCAUCUGCUCGAACACCGUCGGAUCCUUCUCCUGCUCGUGCGCCAGCGGAUUCGAGGGCGACGGCCACACUUGCACGGAUGUCGAUGAAUGCGCAACAGCACAACACACUUGCGACCCCAACGCCACCUGCGUCAACACCGAAGGAAGCUUCGAGUGCCACUGCAACGCCGGAUUCGAGGGAGACGGACACACCUGCACUGACAUCGACGAAUGCGCAGACCCCACAAAACACACUUGCGACACUCACAAGGGAGUUUGCCAAAACACCACAGGGUCCUUCACCUGCGGCUGCAAACCAGGAUUCAGCCUCGCAGCGGACGGCAGCACAUGCGAAAACGUCGACGAGUGCGCGGCUGGAACUGCGGUUUGCAGUGAGCGUAGCUUCUGCGUGGAUACAGAGGGUUCGUACACCUGCGAGUGCAAGAACGGACACCAGAAGUCUGGAGACGACUGUGUGGACGUUGACGAGUGCGAGGCAGAAGUGGAUACCUGCAGCGAGAACGCAGUGUGCACAAACACCGAUGGCAGCUACACCUGCGAGUGCAUAGAGGGCUAUCAGGGCGACGGCAGGACCUGCGAGAAGACAGUGGGCGUGUGCGAUUCCGCUCCUUGCGGACCCCACGCCACCUGCGAGCCUGCAGGCGACAGCUACACAUGCUUAUGCCAUUCCGGUUAUGAGCUGAAGGAAGGGGCUUGCGCAGACAUUGACGAGUGCUCAGCAGGCAGCCACAACUGCGAUCCGCAUGCAACGUGCACCAACACUGACGGGUCCUUCACCUGCGCCUGCGGCAGCGGGUACACGGGCCUGGGCACCACCUGUGAGGACAUCGACGAGUGCGCAGGCAACGCAGCAGGAUGCGACAUUCAUGCUGUCUGCACCAACACUCCCGGCUCCUUCAAGUGCGAAUGCAGGACAGGAUUCGAAGGUGACGGCAUGCAGUGCACAGAGAAAGUGCUGCUCCCCGGACAGGUCCACUGCGAGGCCUGGACUGCUUGGACGGAGUGCACGGAAGGAAUGACCCACAGCACGCGCAGCUGCAUUCAACUGCCUAUCAAGAAGGAGACGAGGCUUUGCGCUGGAGCUGAAUUCCCUCAGUGCGGAGAGGUGACAGAGUGGACCGCAUGCCCCGGCACUGACAACAACAUGUCUCACCGACGCUGGACGAAAUUCGGAGAACCCGGAUGCGAAAACGCAGAGGAAGUCCGAGAAUGUCCUGACGACACAACUGAGGAGAAGUGCGGCGCUUGGGGAGAGUGGACUACCUGCGGCGAUCCUUCGGUUGGCUUGCGCACGCGCACACGGGAGAAUUGCCCUGAGGAGGCAGAGUUUGAACAUUGCACAAUGGCACCUACUACUGAGCCUGAAGAAGGAGAGAUUACGGGAGGCGAAGAAGGAGGACAGGAAGAAGCACCCGUCCUUGGAAAAUGCACAGAGUUCGGCCCGUGGACUGCCUGCACGGUGGGAGAACACGGAUUGGGAACGCAGCAGCGCACAUGCGUCGACAGAGAAGACAUCAGUGAAACAAGAGUCUGCAGUAGCAGCUCACAAGACUGCGGCGAAUGGACGAGCUGGUCGAGUUGCAUUGGAGGCACGCAGUCCAGAAAGAAGACGAAAUGCUCGGAUGUCAGAGAAGUCCGGCUCUGCGGAGUUGACAUGCCGUUUGCGGACGAGUGCACUUGGAGCAGCUGGUCGUCUUGCAACUUGAUGGUAGAUGGCACCACAAUGCGGACGCGUUCCUCCAUGGACUGCAACAUCAGCGAAUCGCAGGUCUGCAGUUCCAGCAGUGUCGCAGGCGAAGGCGUCUGCUCGGCAUGGACCGCAUGGACUGAAUGCAAGGACGGAAUGCAAACGCGAAAAUGCUCCAGCAUGGAUGCAGAGGAGACCCGAACGUGCGGAGAAGCUCCUCCUUCUUGCGGAGAAUUCGGCCCCUUCGAACCCCAGAACUGCAGUGCAGGCGAACUGGUCACCAGGACCCGAGUGUGCGACGGAGUUGAACAGAAAGAAACUCAACUCUGCAACGUCAGCGGCCAGGCGGGAUGCGGCCAGUGGAGCGACUGGACCAAAUGCACAAUCCGCUCUGGCAGUAAGACGCUGCGAAGCCGCGAGGAUACGGCGUGCGGUGUGACGGAGUACGAAGAGUGCUCCACAGCCGACGUCAGCGACACCGUAACCUGUGAAGCUUGGAGCGAAUGCUCGGAGAAGCAAAUGAAGAGAACCUGCAGCAUCCGCUCCGACGGCAUCGUGAAACAAACCCACGAAGUCCGCCCUUGUGACGAUGACGUCUCGACAUGCGGCGACUGGAGCGAGUGGAGCGAGUGCAAUGCCGACGGUCUGCAGCAGAGGAGCCUGGGCGGCUGCCCUGAUGUUGUGGAGGUUACAACUUGCGGCAGUCAGAAUUGCCCACCCUUCGGCGAGUGGAGCGAAUGCGGUAGCCCAGAGGCAGGCGUGCGAUCUCGCCAGCGCUCAAACUGCACGGAAACUGACGCGUGCCAGUGCUCGGAGGUUGAGCGUUGCGACAGCAUUGAAUUGACCCCCCCAACCGCACCAGGCGCAGGAGAGGAAGGAGGCGAAACCGGUGUAGAAGGUGGUGAGACCGGUGUAGAAGGUGGUGAAACCGGUGUAGAAGGAGGCGAGACCGGUGUAGAAGGUGGUGAGACCGGUGUAGAAGGAGGCGAGACCGGUGUAGAAGGAGGCGAGACCGGCGUAGAAGGAGGCGAGACCGGUGUAGAAGGAGGAGAGACUGGUGUAGAAGGAGGAGAGACCGGUGUAGAAGGAGGAGAGACCGGUGUAGAAGGAGGAGAGACCGGUGUAGAAGGAGGAGAGACCGGUGUAGAAGGAGGAGAAGAGGGCGGAGUGACAGGAGGAGAAGAAACAAGCACCAGCACUGUGUCGCCUACAGAGGAGCAGCAGCCUGAGGGAGGUGUGACUCCGGAGACUCCAGAGGAAGGAGAGGGUCAGGAGAAACCCGAAGGCAGCGAGGAGGAGGCCGUUCAGCCGCCAACUGCUCCCGAAACCACCCCUGAAGAACCUACUGAAGAGCGUCCUCCCAACAAGCGCCCCGAGGGCGAAGAGGAGGAGAAGGAGGAGAAGGAGGAAGGCGGUGGCUUCCCAACUGCUGCAGUUGCCGGUGGUGUGGGUGGUGUGUUGCUGCUGGCCGCUGUAGGCGGUGGUGUUGCUGCCUUCACAGGCGGCGGCGGCGGUGCCGGCGCACAGGAGGCAGAACAAGUUGAGUUCGAAGGAGAAGACACUGGAGCAGGAGCUGCCGAGACACCUGAAGCCGAUACAGUUAUCGACAUCACUGACGAGGACGACUACUGGGCCGACAGCGGCGACGUUCAGUAA